AAGUCACGAGACACACUGCCCCCUUUUCUUUCUUUGUUUGAGAGAGAGAGAGAGAGAGAGAGAGAGAGAGAGAGAGAUGUGGCAGAAGAACUGGUAGAGAAGUUUGAAGCAGCUCCUUUCUUCACCAUCACUCCAACUGGCAACUAGUCUCUCCAUAAUUCAGUCCCAAACUGAAGUCCUUACUAGUUAUCUCUCAAAUAUCACUACAAAAUAGUGUUCCACUCAUAUUUAUUUUCUGUCUUUCUCUGUCGGUGGAGUACUGGGUAACAUGAGACCCGAGGGAAACCCACUGGAUCUCAAUAACUUUCCAGAGGAUUCCACCCGAGAUGGCAAACAGGUUGCUACUGAAGACACUUCUUCAUCUGCUGGGUAUAGGAGAAAGAAGAGCGGGGGGAAAGAAGGGAAAGAGGAGAGUGGGAAGGUGUACGAGUGUAGGUUUUGUUCCCUCAAGUUCUGCAAGUCUCAAGCCCUUGGGGGUCACAUGAACCGCCAUCGCCAAGAGAGGGAGACAGAAACUCUGAACCGAGCUCGUCAACUGGUCUUCAGUAACGAUAACUUGGCCGCCCAAGCUCAUGUGCUUCCUCAUCAUCUUGGUGGCCAAGCAAUUCCACAUGGAGGAUAUCAUCAAGCAGGCAACAUAGGUGAUCCAGCACUACCUUUCAGACCAGUCUACCCCACGACAAGAUUAUUUCCAGGUUCUCCGUCCACCAUCUUACCACCACCGCCGCCGCCGCCUCCACAUCAGGCAUCUUAUAUGUACACAUCUCCCUCUUACCCCGCGCAAUACUCUCCCCACGGCCACCACCCGGCAAACGACUACUUCCUGGGCCACGUCCUCUCCGGCAACAACCAAUACGGCUCGCCCAACCAUAACUACGCCGCCACUGCCCCGCGGGACAGUAGUUACACUUGCAUUGGUGCUCCCGUCGGACAUGCAUUCCCACCCGGUGGCAGCGGCGGACGAGGUUCGGAUGUAGCGGCAUCAAGCGGAGGAAGAGGUGGAGGUAGGGACGUGUCACUGCAACAUUUGGAUCCUGCAUCGAACAAUCGGUUUCAAGAUGGGUUCUAAACAUAUUUUUGAGAAAAAGUGCAAGUGAUCCAAACAUGCUACUAUGGUAGAGAGAGAGAGAGAGAGAGAGAGAGAGAGAGAGAGAGAGUAGCAACAAAGUGACAAAAUGGGGUUAGCUAGAGGAGUUUUUGGUUUUUUUCUACAGGUUUGGGUGACAGCUUUUGAGAUCGAUCAGGAAAAUAUACUCAGCUGGUUUGGAUGUUAAUUGGAGCUGGGGAUUGGAUGUGGGGCCUUGUUUGGGUGUGUUAAGACUACUACUGAAAAAAAGGGAACUAGAAAGUUAGAUUUCAACUGAAA